ACUUCCUGCCCGGCACCGUCUGUGUCCGGGUCGUUCUCGCCGUUCGCUCCGCAGCCGAUAUCGCCCGCUCCUCGCUCUCGCUCCCCGUGCUCGCCCCCAGCGCGACACCCGCUUCUCGCACCGGGGCGGCGGCGGUGGCGUCUGCCCGCAGCGAGCGGGGUUGGCAGCGCCCGGAGGGGCUGGCCAGGAGCAGCAGCAGGAGCAGAGCGGGACGGGGGCUCCUCUCAUCUCUCCACCGCCGGUCUUGGGAGUCGGCGGCGGCCGGGGAAGUGAGCCCGGGGGGGCCUCGGCCGCGGGCCCCGGUAGCGGGGCGGCCCCGCCCCGAGGCAGGACGAUGCCGGUGAAGAAGAAGAGGAAGUCCUCGGGGGCGGCGGCGGGGGACGACACCAGCCUCAAGAAGUGUAAACUCGGCAGAUCACAAGCGUCUGGUAAAUUAAUAGGUGGAGAGGAACAUUUUUCAAGCAAAAAGUGCCUGGCUUGGUUUUAUGAAUAUGCAGGUCCUGAUGAAGUUGUGGGUCCUGAAGGAAUGGAAAAGUUCUGUGAAGACAUCGGUGUUGAGCCUGAAAAUAUUAUUAUGUUAGUUUUAGCCUGGAAACUAGAGGCUGAAAGCAUGGGAUUUUUUACCAAGGAAGAAUGGUUAAAAGGAAUGACCUCAUUACAGUGUGACUGCACAGAAAAAUUACAGAGUAAAUUUGACUUCUUGCGGUCACAGUUGAAUGACAUUUCAUCCUUUAAGAAUAUCUACAGAUAUGCCUUUGAUUUUGCAAGGGAAAAAGACCAGCGAAGUCUUGAUAUUGAUACUGCGAAGUCCAUGUUAGCUCUUCUGCUCGGAAGAACUUGGCCACUGUUUUCAGUAUUUUAUCAAUACCUGGAGCAAUCGAAAUAUAGAGUUAUGAACAAGGAUCAGUGGUACAAUGUACUAGAGUUCAGCAGAACUGUCCAUGCAGAUCUUAGCAACUAUGAUGAAGAUGGUGCAUGGCCUGUGCUUCUGGAUGAAUUUGUUGAAUGGCAAAAAGUUCGUCAAGCAUCAUAGCAAGAAUUCAAAAGAAAAUGCAAAAGUUUUUUUGGUGCCCGCCUGUACACAAAGUAAUGAGAAAAAGGAUUGCAUUUUCGUUCGUAAGAAAGACUUUACAGUAAUUUUUUUCCUUUUUAAGGAAACUUUCUUGUUACAUGUGAUAUGGGCAUUGAACCACACCUCUUCUGAGACUGAAAGUUGGAGUUCUUGUUUUGAGUCUUAUGUUUAUAGCAUUUAUUUCAGAACAAUAAAGAUUCAGAUUUGUGACAAAGGCCUAAAAGUGAAGAAUGUCCCUUGAA